UUAUUUUCUCCGUAUUUGCUACCGAAGUGCUGCCAAACUCUUUAUAGUAUUUGUGUGAGUGACUUGUGUGACACAUUUUUGACUUCAAAACUCGUUCUGCACUAUCGAAAUCAAGUAACUUAUGAACUUUUGUAAUUCAAGUUCUAGUGGUGAAUUUUAUUCUCCUCUCACCCUUUCUGAUUUACAUUUAAGCCCUCUUAAAGAGGUUAGGGUUAAGAGUGAGAGUGAUAUUGAGUGUGAGUUAGAGUUUUUUGAAGAUCCUAACUACAUCCCUCCCCCUACUCCGUGCAAUGAAAGUUACGAGACUGAGGAGAUGUCUUCUGAGGAAACAUUGAGCAUUGGGGGGAGCAAGGAAGUAAGGAUGUUAGAGUACAGUGAUGUAAGUGUUGAGGGUGGGUCGUCUGGGUCUGAGCAUACAAAGGGAAGGGUAGGUAGAAAUGAAGUUGUUGAGGUUGGCGCAGAAGAGGUGCCUGCCAAUAUAUUGGAAGUGGGAGAUAAGAGUAAUAAGUUUUAUGAUAGUGGGGCAGACAUUGUGUCUAAGGUAAAGGAGUAUGAGUCUAAGCUCAUGAGUAGGGAUAGCUUGAGUUAUCUCAUAGAGACUUACAAGAUUUCCUCUAGAGCAUUAAUUAGGCCUGCCGGAGUGAAAGAAAGGGCAUGCUCUACACCCCGGGAUCAUUGGAUGCUAGUGUAUGCCCAUUAUUUGGCAACAGGGCUUAGGUUUCCGUUGCCUGAUUUGUUGGUGUGGCUGUUGUUGGAGUAUAGUGUAGGUUUGACCCAAUUAUCUCCCAAUGCGAAGGCUAAAAGGGCCAACCAGAAUAAGUAUAGUUUAAAUAGUGAUGAGGAAGAAGAAGUAGAGAAGCUGGUGAGAAAGAAGGGCGACAUAAUAGACAUUAUGUUUCUCACCAGCUCGGAUGUUAUAGAAGCAACUAAGCUUUAUGGGCCGAGCUCAAUGAGCGAAGCUGAAAUGGAUAAAUUUCUUGGUGCUGCUGGUGGGGUGGCUAUUCCUAAGAAGCCAAGGAAGAAGUCCAAAACUUUGGAAAAGGCUACAAGUGGGAAAGGAGAUGGGAACAUGGAAAAAGGGCAGAUGUCAAGUACAAAAGCCCGAGCUGCAGAGGAGGUGGAGCUGCGGUCCAAAAGGAAGAGGGAUGAAGUGGAUCAAGCUCAGAUGAAGAGGAGAGUGGAGGAUGAGGUUAGGGGGGACGAGGUAAUGGAAUUUGUACCUCGGCCAACACCUGUUGAGCUUGAUCCGAACCUCAGAGAGACCGAGGUUCCUGCCCCUAGCAAGGGUAAAGUGGUUGUUCCCACGCCUUCUCUCCAAAGCAGCAUUUUUUGGAACAAAAACUUCUCCACGGCGAAGAAUUUCAUCAACACCUAUGUGCCUGAGGUGGAUCACCGUAAAGCAAGGGAGGAAGCCUUGGUACAUGGAGGGACCUCAGUUGUGAGGCAUGCUCUAGAGACUGUAACUUGGGUUAACGCGCUAGCCCAAGAAUUCAUGGAGCUUGUGAAGGAGCGCAACAGCCUGCAAAAGGAAAGGGAUGAGCUGUUGAAGAAAAACGGGGAAAUGAAGAGGGAACUGGAUAUUGUGGUACCAGCAGUGACAAGCUUACAAGAGGAGAGAGACACACUAAAGAUGAUUCUCUCAUUCGAAGAAAAGAAAAGGAAAAUGUGCAAAAAAGAGAAUGAAGCACAAAAGGAGGAAAUAAGAAGGAUGAGAGAAUACGAGGUGGAACUCAAAAAGAAUGUCCAACUACUGGUCCACAAAGGGAUGGAGGAGCAUAUUAGCAACUUUAUCAACUCCAGUUCGUUUGACAACAUCGUCAAUCUCUAUCGGCUGCCAAUUGCAAUCCUCACCUUCAUUGAUUACAGAAAGAAGGUGAAAGCUGAGUAUCCCGAAGUGGAUAUUACCAAGAUCACCUUCGGUGAACAAGAGGAAGGGGUGGAGGAGAACAACGAAAGCAUGUUAGUAGAUUUUCGAUCUCAGGUUAAGCUGAGGUGGGAUCAUGAUGAAGAAAGACGCAUCGUUUUUCCUCUUAACUUCGACUUCAAGUUCGUAGUAGUGGAGGAAGAGGAAGGAGAAGCAGAUGGGGCUGAAGUUGAGGAAAGUCAACCAUCUCCUCCCGUGGAGGUGCAUCUAGUUCCUUUUGAAGAAGAGCAGCCACCUUUUGCAGCAGAGCAGGAGCCACCCUAGCCACCUCCUCCAACGGAAUAGUUUAGGGAUCUAUUAUUAUUAUUAUUAUUAUUUAUUUAUUUAUGUAUUUAGGAUUUGAACAAUGAUUAGUGUACACAUUUUUUGAUUAAUUUAAGGAAAAAAAUUUUAAAUUAGUUU